AGCUAGCGCCUAGCAGGAUAAAGGAACAUCACCUUGGUUUCUGUUUUUGAAGUAUGGCUUCUACUUCGUCCCUUUCACUCUUCCUCAUCCCUUCUUCUUCUUCUUCUUCUUCAAUUCCUUCGCUAUGCUUAUCCCAAACCACUAUCAAAUGCAAACACCGUUUCUCAUUUCCUUCUCUAAAUAGAAAGCUCGCAACUUUACCCUUUUCAUCCACAAAACGCUCCGUUACUAGAGCCGCCGCUGAGUACAAAUUCCCUGACCCAAUUCCUGAAUUUGCAGAUUCCGAGACCGAGAAAUUCAAAAAGCACCUUCUUGAUAAGCUUUCAAAGAAAGAUGUUUUUGAAGAAUCAGUUGAAGAAGUUGUUGGAGUUUGCACUGAGAUUUUCAAUACCUUCUUGCAUUCCGAGUAUGGAGGUCCUGGUACACUCUUGGUUGAUCCUUUCAUUGACAUGGCUGAUACUGUAACCGAACGGGGAUUGCCUGGAGGACCGCAAGCUGCACGUAGUGCUAUGAAAUGGGCCCAUGCUAAUGUCGACAUAGACUGGAACGAAUGGACGGGUGGUAAUAGCAACAAAUAAAAUACCUCUUCUUGUAUGUUGUAGAGCACUUAGUUAGAUCUGUAGCAGUUGUGGUGCACUGGUGCUUAUGUUGGUGCUAAGUUUAGAAUUAUUGUAGGGGGAAAGUACUUAUAGAAGAGUAUUAUUUGCUUACUCUGAGAACAUGAGCUUGAAGAUUUUGACAUUUAUUUUUAUUUGUGUUUACAUUCAAAAUAUGUGAUGUUUCAAGCAAUAUUAGAUAAAGCAAUUUAGAAAUAAAA